AACCUUAAACCAUCAAACCAGCUGAUGGUUAUUGGAAUUCUGAUUUUUUUAUAUACUUUCUAUUUUUUUCUCUGAUGUUCCUUUUAUUAUAUAACCUAAACCAACCAAGCACGGACGAGACGAGAACGAGACUUGGACCAGAGGAGCGCGUGGUUUUCUGAUCUCAGGUGGGAUUCUCUCCGAUCGGUGAAUUUUGGGCACCUCGUAGAUGUCGCGGAGAAAUAAGCCUCGUCCUCCCUUUGGCUCUGUAGUUGUCGGUGAUCCUUUUGUGAUUUACCCUGAAAUCACGUUACCUGAUCCGAAAUCUAUCUCUAUAGACUCGGAGUUAGUUUUGAGCUACCUUAAUUUCAAUAAGUUUUGGAGGAACUCGACCUAUCACCUAGGCGAUGGUGUUCCUAAGACAGAGGUUGAGAGUUUAGACAUUGAGAGGUAUUAUUCAGACACGUUGAAGCCCAAAAAGAGCAAGUCUUCUUCUUUCUAUGAUUACCUUAUUCUUAGACCUGAUAACUUUCCUAAAGAACUUCUCGGAGACACUCCAAGAAAACGGCUUGUCAAGAGAGCUAAGUGGAGGCAAGAUCUGCAGAAAUUGGAUGUUUUAGAAGAGCUUGAAGCUCGGUAUCUUAAGGCUCAGGGAGAGGAAGUGAAAGAAGAAGAUCUUAAGGCUCAGGGCGAGGAAGAGAAAGAAGAAGAUGAUGAUGAUGAUGAAGAAGAGGAGGAAUCACAAGGUGAAGAAGAAUCUGAUCAUGGAGAUUACGAUCAUAAUCAAGACUUUGAUGAUGAUAAUGAAGACGAUUAUAAUCAGGCGGAUGGUAAAAACUCUUCCAAGGAUGAUAAUUGGUUUUACUAGUUUUGCGUUUAUGAUGAUUUACUUGAAAAACU